AUGGGUCUACCAACGACAAACAAAAUUGAUGUGUCCAUCUUACGCAAGGUAUCAGAUGGCACAAAUGAGAUUGUUCGCGGUCUGGAUGCGAUCAAUCAAACAGGACGGGACUGCUGGAUACAAUAUCUGGUAUUGGAAAAGCUUGACGCUGAUACACGGCGCAGGUGGAUUGAGCGCAGCAUGGGCAACGAGGCGCCCACACUGGAGGAAUUCUUCAAGUUCUUAGAUGAUCGUUGUGAGGAAUUAGAGCUCAGCAAACGGGAGAUUACGUUUGGAGGCAAAACGCCGGCGCAAAUCACACACACAAAACAGGCUCAUGUUCUUGGCAAAAUCACAUCAACACUGGAAAGGCAAAACAUUGACGCAUCGGCACUUGAUGUCUUUAGCGAUCUUCAACUCGCUGACUCGGUAUUCACCACAAGCGCUCCAAUUGACGUUCUUUUGGGCGGUGAACACGUUUGGUCUACAAUCACAGGGAAAAAGUUGUACGACAAUACGGGCAAACUCAUUGCAAUAUCAUCGAUUUUCGGAUGGGUCAUCAGCUCUAGAACGAUGCCCGAAGCUAACAACGCUUUCGCUUUGACAUCAUACAUUGAUGUUAACGCUUCGCUCCAGAGGUUUUGGGAGCUAGAGGACAUCAGUUCCACAACCAAAUUGGAACCUGAUGAUGAGCAGGUGGAGAAACACUUUCUCGCUACGCACACUCGAGAUGAAAAGGGGAAGUACAUCGUGGAACUUCCAUUGAAGGUCGCUAAUCCUGAAUUUGGGGAUACUCUACAAGGAGCUCUUAAUCUUUUCCAAUCGGUGGAACGACGUUUACAACAAGAUGCAAAUCUAAGAGCAAAAUAUGUCAACUUUAUGAGGGAAUACUUCGAUUUGGGGCAUAUGCGCGAACUGCCACCAGAUGAAGUCAAUAAUGACCAACGGUUUUAUCUACCACAUUACCCGGUUUUGGGUCGGAAACUGAGAGUAGUUUUCGACGGAUCAUUUUGCGACACCAAAGGCAAAUCACUAAACGAUUAUCUCUUUACAGGGCCUAGCAUUCAACGCGAUCUCUUUGCUGUCUGCUUGCGCUUUCGGAUGUAUAAAUUUGUAUUCUCAGCCGACAUAGUCAAGAUGUUUCGGCAGAUUUGGGUGAACAACAAACACCGCAACUGCCAGAGAAUUGUCUGGAGAAAAAGGCCAUCGGAUCCAAUCAAACACUAUCAACUAUGCACCGUCAUUUAUGGCACCUCAUGUGCACCAUUCCUGGCUGUUAGGGUAUUAGAGCAACUGGCUACUGAUCAUCAGCAGGAAUUCCCGAAUGCUGAAAAAUCUUACAAGAGGAUUUUGAUGUCGACGAUGUGCUCACUGGGUCAAACACUUGGGAAAUGGGUAUCAAACACACCUCGCAUACCAACAGAAGGAACUGAUUCUACACAAUCAUCUCCAGUGAAGGUUCUUGGACUUUACUGGCAACCUGGUCUUGAUACACUGUCUUAUAAUGUUGGUCUAAAAGGAAAUGUCGAUUGUACAAAACGACAAGUUUUAUCGGAUGUCUCACGGAUCUUUGAUCCACUUGGGCUUUUGGCACCAAUUGUGGUCCAAUUCAAAAUACUCUUUCAACAAUUAUGGCUUCUCGAUUUGGGAUGGGAUGACAAACUCCCUAAGCAACUAGCGGACAAUUGGCUCAAGUGGCGAGCAGAUUUGGAUAUGCUACUACACAUUCAAAUACCCCGGUUGGUUGUCAACGACACCGACAACAUUGAAUUGCAUGGAUUCUCCGAUGCAUCGACGAAGGCAUACGCUGCUGUAGUGUACAGCAGAGUAAUCAACAAGGAUGGCUCGAUUUCUACAUCGAUUAUGGCUGCGAAGUCUAGGGUGGCUCCGCUAAAGCAGCAAUCUCUGCCCCGCCUAGAGCUUUGCGCGGCACUGCUCCUAAGUCAACUCAUACGUUCGAUAAAGGCGGCACUUCGACAUCAAAAGGUCACGGUUUUUGCAUGGUGCGAUUCCACAAUCGUACUCUAUUGGCUAUCAUACGCACCCUCUCGACUAAAGACAUUUGUUGGGAACAGAACUUCGGAAAUUCUGGACACCAUUCCAAGGCACUAUUGGCGUCAUGUGGACUCCAAAUCAAAUCCAGCUGAUUGCGCAUCCAGAGGUCUCAUGGCUGCAGACCUAAAGAACUUUCAGUUAUGGUGGAAUGAACCGUCAUGGAUACGUGACGCGGAUCAGUUUAUGGGUCCAUUUGGGGACAAGGGCUCAAACUGUCUUACGUUUGAGGAAAUCACCGCGGCACGCAUUGUAUACUUGCGCCACGCGCAAACCUGCUUUCAGGAUGAUUAUCAAUUGCUACUCGCAAAUAAACCAUUGCGAAGUCGAUCUCAGCUGACUAAACUCUCGCCAAUGAUCGACAAGGACGGACUACUCAGGGUUGGAGGACGCUUGCACCACUCGCAAUUGUCCACAGAGGCGAAACAUCCAGUUUUGCUACCGAAAUCUCAUUGCAUCACCAAGCUGAUACUUGAGUCAACCUGCACCCUGGUGUCUCUUCACUUUUUGUUAUGGUACCUCAAAGAUUCUGGAUAUUUGGCGCAAGGAACUUGA